UAAAGUCGCCAUAGAAACGGGAUUAGUGGGGCCUGGUUUGGAUUUGCUCAGAUCUACUGGUUGGCCCGGGGGAGGAGGAAAAAAAAUAACUUGUUUGUUUGGCUGUUCCUUUUCUCGGUCUGAUGCACUGAAUGCCUAGCGGUUUCUGGCAUGAAUUUUCUGAGCGGCGCUGACUCUUUACCGGCUCUUGGUCCCUGACACUUUUAACGCGUAUUCUGAUCCUCAAUCCGCCCGAUUUUCCCGAAGAGGAAACUGCGACGGCCAUGGAGUUAAAUUUAAAUCGCGUCGACUACCUGCAGGUGGGGGUGACUUCCCAAAAGACCAUGAGGCUCCUACCUGCAUCAGGACGCAGAGCAAUCCAAAAGGUGGUCAUUGCAGAUCAUGAUGGAGUGGUUACUUGUUUUGGUAUCAAAAAGGGAGAGGCAGUUCCAGUGUUCAAGACCUUGCCAGGACAGAAAGUUUCAAGAUUGGAGCUAGGAGGAGCCAUUGGUACACCACAGGAGAAAAUCUUUAUAAGUGUUGGCUCAGAGGUGCGAGGCUUCACAAAGAAGGGAAAGCAGUUCCUGUCAUUUGAAACUAACCUUACGGAAAUCAUUCGAGCUAUGUAUGUGUCCGGUGCAGAUCUUUUCUUGUGUGCCAACUAUAUCUAUAAUCAUUACUGUGACUGUAAAGAUCAGGACUACUACCUGUCCAGUGACAAGAUCAAUGAUAUAAUCUGCUUACCUGUGGAAAAAGUAGGUCAUAUUACACCGAUACUAGCCUGCCAAGACCGAGUGCUCAGAGUUUUAAAGGGAUCUGACCUGUUGUAUGAAGUGGAAGUCCCUGGAACACCCAAAGUCCUGGCAUUACACAAUGGAAAUGGGGGGGACUCUGGAGAAGACCUACUGUAUGGAACAUCUGAUGGCAAGUUAGGACUGGUCCAGAUCACAAAAAGCUCUCCAUUGCAUCGUUGGGAAAUUGCCAAUGAGAAAAAGAGGGGAGGUGCUCUGUGUGUUGACUACUAUGAUAUUCUGGGCGAUGGAGUCAAAGAGCUACUUGUUGGUCGUGAUGAUGGAAUAGUGGAAAUCUAUGGAUUUGAUAACAACAAUGAGCCUAUCCUUCGAUUUGAACAUACUUUGUCUGAAAGCAUCACCUCUAUUCAAGGAGGAUGUGUUGGAAAAGAGGGAUAUGAUGAAGUUUUAACUGCCACAUAUACAGGUUGGGUGAUGGGCCUAACAACGGAGCCAGCUCGGAGAGAGGCAGGGCUUUCUGACGAUCUGAAGAUAAACCAGGAGAUGCAGAAUAAAGUCAUGAAUAUCAGGGUAGAAUUGGAGCAGUUACAGAUGAAGGUGCUUCAAGAGCGUGAGAAAUACCAGCAGUCAGCACAAUCGAGUGGUGCAGUUUCAGCAGUGCCUGUGUUUAGUGUGAAUGAUAAGUUUACUCUGAAUCGUGAUGAUGCAAGCUACAGUCUCACCAUGGAAGUGCAGACAGCUAUUGACAAUGUGCUACUCCAGAGUGAUGUCCCAAUAGAUCUUCUGGAUGUGGACAAAAAUUCAGCAGUGGUCAGCUUCAGCGGGUGCGAUGCAGAGAAUGGUAAUUUUCUUCUGGCUACUUAUCGAUGCCAAGCAAAUACCACCAGAUUGGAACUAAAGAUUCGUUCCAUAGAAGGACAACAUGGAACACUACAAGCCUAUAUUACCCCUCGUCUCCAACCUAAAACUUGCCAGGUCCAUCAGUAUCAGAUCAAACCACUCUCACUUCAUCAGAGGGCACAUGUUAUUGAUCCCAAUAGGCCAAUGAAUACACUGACACUCACAGGACAGUUCAGCUUUGCAGAAAUUCAUUCCUGGGUUGUCUUCUGUCUGCCCGAAGUACCAGAUAAAGUUCCGGUGGGUGAUAGCAUCACAUUUUACUUUCAGAACACCUUCCUGGAAACACAAUUGGAAUGUUCCUACAAAAAAGGUGAAGGAACUUUUAAAUCUGACAACAUCUCUACUAUUUCGAUCCUGAAAGAUAUAUUAACAAAAGAAGCUACAAAAAGAAAAAUCAAUCUCAACAUCUCGUAUGAUGUUAAUGAGGAAUCCAUAAAAUACACGUUACAAUUAAUCCAUCCCAAAUUGGAACAUCAGUUGCUUUUGGCGAAGAAAGUCCAGUUGAUCGAUGCUUUGAAGGAGUUACAGCUGUAUGAAGGGAAUGUGGAUUUCCUAAUACCUGAAUACCGUUGCAUUUUAGAGGAAGCUGAUAAUCUGCUGGAAGAGUAUAAGAAACAACCUGCUCACUUGGAGAGAUUGUAUGGCAUGAUAACUGACCUCUUCAUAGAUAAAUUCAAAUUCAAAGGCACCAACGUGAAAACCAAGGUUCCUCUUUUGCUGGAGAUUUUAGAUAAUUAUGAUCCUAAAAGUCUCAUGGCCUUCUUUGAUUCAGCCUAGAGAAACUACCCAAAGCCUAUUGAAAAGCAAAUGUAAUGCUGCUGAUCAUGGCUAUUUUAUAAUAGUGACAUGCUAUGAUUUGAAGCAGUAGUGGAACAGGCAUUCAAUUUUAUUGAUGGGGAGGAUGAAAAUCAUGUUACUCUAAAGGUAUUUAAGGGAUGAAUUUCUCUCAAUCGUCUGCCAUGACUUUGGCAGAUGAUCUGUGAAAACCCUGGGGAAUUGGUAUAAGCAGUUUUUAUGCUGCUGCUCUAGGUCUCCAUGGACCUUCUCCCAAAUUUAUAGCACAUGAGUGGGAGAACCCUUGUGGAAUUUUACCCUUUAAUAUCCUGCAAAAUACACUGUAAUAUAUGAUGUAAAUAUGAGCUUUUUUAAAAAAUGUUAGUUGUGAGUAUUAAAAAUGCCUUUUCCUCUCCUUUGAAAUGUGGAAAUAAUUGAUGCAGUGUUAUUUUCACAAUCUCCUCCUGAACCAGCACUAUUGCUUAUACUUGUCAUCAUAAAAUAUCUGGCAUAGACCAGAAGCCCAUAUACUUUGUAGGCUAAUGUGUUAACCUCUGGAUUUUACAAUUGUAUUUUCCAUCUGUGGGUGCCAGUAUGUACACUUUUUUGAGACAUACUCAAUUUUUGACAUAUUGGGGUAAUAAAAUACAUAGAUAUGGAAUCACUCUUAUUAAUAUCAUGUACAUAUAAAAUAAUGUUAAUAUUAUGUAAUACUUAUAGGAAAAUAUUAAAUAGUACAAUUCCCUAUAUGCAUUAUUUUUACAGUAACAUUAGUUUUAGCAAAUCUUUUUCAAUGUUAUUGUUUGUUCCUGAUAAUUUUGCGGAACUGAAAUUUUACCAGGUAACUUCAUAUACUGAAAAAUGUGUAACAGUGGUCAUAAUUUUGCGGCAAAUACAAUCUAUCAUUGUCUUUCCGAUAAUGUUACAUUUAAGCAGUUGUUUGCUGAACAUUUUUUUAAACUUCUGUUCUUUCAUUGCACUAAUUAGUCAUUGAUGCACUGAUUGUAUUGUAAAUAGAAUUGAUUGUAAAUAUCGUGGUGCUGAAAAUAUCAUAUUAAAUUGUAAUAUGUUCAUCA